AUGAGUAGCAAGCUUUGGGAAUCCUUCAUUCAAGAUGAUGUGGAGAGCUUUCAGCGGGUUCUCGCAAACGCGAUGUUUGCCGGGCCGCGAGCUGCAGGAGCGUCCGGAGGUGCUGCAAUAGCGGCAGCAGCCAACCUGUCAUCCAAGGCUGGAAGCCCCGGGUCGAUAAUCCCCUCGUCGCCCAAUCCGCCGAAACAAAGGAAAAGUAUUGGGCCGUCACCUGGAACGUCUGCCCCUGAGCGAUCGGGCGUUCAGCGGGGGACGGCAGCUUUGUCGCGCGCAGAUGUCAAUACUCGCGACCAUUAUGGCAGGACAUUGCUUCAUCAUAUCGCCUCCUCAGCCAAUCCCACCGCUAUCAAGUUUGCUACUGCCUUGCUUGAAAUUCCGUUUCUCGAUAUCUAUGCACAGGACUGGGAAAGCGGAUGGACGGCUCUUCACCGUGCCCUCUAUGCAGGAAAUGCCACAAUUGCUCUCGCUUUGAUGGCGCGCGAUAUGCGUGAUGCUACAGAUUUUAGUAAGGUGGGACAAGUAGCUCAGAUCGGAAGCCUGAUAAAAAUCAAAGAUCGCGAGGGCUACAGUCCGUUCGAUGUUUAUGGAGCGACCAUCACCUCGCGCGACAUUAAGCAGAUGAUUUCGUCGCGGCCACGGGCUAGCUCUAUAAUUGGAGAUGCGAUGGAGAGUGAUGUUAUCUCAAACUCCGGAUCUAGUGAAGCAGAUGGCAUGGAAGAUGAGGCCUACGUUACUAGAGUUGCUCUUAAGUCCAGAGCAGCUUUUGCCGCAGAUGAAGUGUUCACCCUCGGUAGCAACAAGAACUUGAACCUUGGACUGGGAGACCAAGACGACCGUCAGUUUCCCGAGCGGGUCGUGUUGAAGCGUCCUGAGCAUCUUUUGGAUCGGUUCUAUCGUGAAUAUCAGGAAAAGAUGGAACGCCUUGGCUGGGAGGAUAAUGUUGACCCAGCUCUCUCAAAGGAGCUGCCAACACUCAUCAAGAAUAAGCCAAUGAAGAUCCAAAAUGUUGUCAUGUCAAAACUGCAUACUGCAAUUCUCACAGAAGACCCCGAAGCCAAUCUUUUCCUCUGUGGAUUUGGCCCGGGUGGUCGAUUGGGAACUGGCGACGAGACAACACGGUUCACUUUUGCCUGUAUUGAAACUGGUGGCUUGGCAGGAAAGAAGGUCAUAUCCGUUGCCCUAGGCCAAGACCAUACCAUGGCCAUCACGGAAUUUGGCGAGAUCUUCAGUUGGGGAAGCAACAAGUUUGGCCAACUUGGAUAUGGCUUACCUAGGACGAACAAUAAAAAUGACGUUCCUAUUCAAACAACACCCCGCCAGAUAUUCAACCCGUUCAAGAAAGAGACUAUUAUUGGAGCUGCGGCAUCUUCGAUUCACUCCGUUGUGUUCAGCACCUCCGGAUUGUACACAUUUGGCAAGAACGAAGGCCAACUGGGCUUGGUUGAUUCAGAUGCACGGUCUCUGGAGAUUCAAACCACACCUCGGCGUGUAGGAGCGUCACUAUUUGCUUGUUCAAUCCAGAUGGUAUCUGCCAUCGAUCGCGCCACUGCUGUGCUUUUGCAAAAUGAUGAGGUGUGGGUAUUCUCGCAAUAUGGUUACUCGAAGCUCUCGUUUCCACUUGAAGCCAGCUCCAGAUUUAUUCGUGACAGUUUUAUGGCAACAAGAUAUGAUUCCUCUGUAAAUCGCAUUGUCAAGCUCGCAUCCGGUGGCAACACUAUCUGCGCUUUGUCAAGCUCGGGUGAUAUUUUUACAGUGGAGGCUAAUAAGCCCGAGAGUCCGUCAGCCUCAACCUCUACCACGAACCCGGCCAAGAUUCGGAACUCUCUGGCCACACCCGUGAGAGCUUGGUCUGUCAAAAAAUCACACAUGACCGCCAGCGAUGUCGAUGUGGGACAAGACGGGUCUAUCAUCAUCUGCACGACAUCGGGUUCGGCCUGGAGAAAGGAGAAGCGGAUCAAAAAUAAGGAAGGGGCAUCCAAGGAAUACAAGUUCGCUCGUAUACCUGGCCUAUCAAGAGCCGUAGCUGUUCGCAGUAACGCAUUUGGUGCCUAUGCUGUAGCUCAACGGGACUGCGACGUCACAAGAGAGCAGGUUCACGUUAAUCCAAGCACUCUUUUGAUGGACAUCAUGCCUCUGUCUCCAUUUGUGAUGCCUGCGCUGGAUGACCUGGACGAUAUUAUUACAGGGGAUGACCUCGACAACAUCAUUCCGUUGUCCUCCGCUGUGGCUAUCAAACGAGCCAUCCUGUCAUCCCCAGAUAUGGAGGAUCAAUUUCUGUCUAUACGCACCGAGGGGACAAUCUGGCUCACCACAUCUCUAUCCGACGCGCGGAUUCCGGUGCAUGAGUUUCUGCUAAGUGGCCGUAGCCCAGUUCUUCGCAAGGCACUCCAAGAUUUCCGCUCUUCAUACUAUUCCUCCGUGCCUGAUGUUUUGGAUGUCGAGUAUGAUAAAGAUGGCCAUAUUCAGAUCCAACUUGAUGGUGUCGACUUUCUAACAGUUAUGAACAUUGCGUUCUUUCUAUACAACGACGGUAUCCUCGAUGUCUGGCACAAGGCUAGAGAAUCGCCUCAAAAUAGCGCUCGCUACCGGCAGGUCCGCAUUGAGGUGAUGAAGACCGCUCUCAACCUUGGUUUGCCAAUGCUAGAACGCGCAGCGAGGUUGAUGGUCGAACCACAGCCCAGUUUGAAGCAUGAUAUGGCCCUUGCUAUCGAUCAUUCUUCAUUCUUUGACGAUGCUGAUGUAGUCGUACAAUUGAAUGGCGAUACUGUCAAAGUCCAUAGCCAAAUAGUGUGCCAGCGAUGUCCAUUCUUCGAGGCACUCUUCCAUGGUCGCUCUGGUGGCCGAUGGUUAGCCAUGCGACGGAAAGAUCGGUCUGAGGAUGUCCACGUUGACCUGAAACAUAUUGACCGAUCUAUCUUCGAUUUUGUUCUGCGAUAUCUAUAUGCAGAUACUGAAGAGCGACUGUUCGAUGAAGUUCGCACUAAAACUCUGGAUGAUCUCAUUGACUUAUUGCUUGACGUUAUGUACGUCGCCAAUGAGUUGAUGAUUGAUAGACUUUCCCAAAUCUGUCAAAAGGUGCUUGGUCGAUUUGUCAACACACGGAAUGUCUCUUACCUUCUCAACUCUGUCGCGCCUAUUUAUAUGGUGGAGUUCAAAGAGGCGGCUGUGGAAUAUAUCUGCCUCGACCUCGAAUCUAUGCUGGCAAAUAGAUAUCUCGAGGGUCUUGAUGAUGACCUCCUGUCUGACCUGGAUAAGGUGUGCCAAGAAAAUCAACUGGCUUGCUAUCCAAUCUCUCGUGGGCGCAACACGGAAUCGUACAUUCUGGAGAAAUACCCAGAGAUAGUCAGCUCGAUUGAAACUGACAAGCGCCGACGCAUCGAUGCCAUGGCUCUCCAGUCCCGUCUCAGCCGGGUGGAAUCGUACGAUAUUCGACCUCGGACUACAGAAAAGUAUAAUGCUUCUCCAUCAAUUCGCAAAUCCAGCAAGUCUGGAAACGUCAAAGAAUUUACGAGUCCAAACUCUAGCCCCAUGCUGAAACCAAGACAGUCCACUAGUGAUCUGAUGUUUCAGAUGGACGAAGAAGCUGUCCUUCCCUCGCCUGACGCUAAGGGCAAAACUACUGCGCGUGGAAUAAGAUUCAGUGAAACAGAGAACCGAUCUCACCCCGAUUCCCCAGCAUUGGGGGGAAGUAUCCCCGAAGGCGAUUCACUCGAGGACCGAGGCUUCCUGGACCAAGGAAUGGCUUCCCCGCGAGAUAUAUCACUCGCCGAAUCUCCAACUGAGUCUCGCGCAAUUGCUAUGCACAAGAAGCGUGCACCAGUUCAGUCAGCCACUGGGACUUCGGUCCCAUGGUCUUCCCCCGUAAUUUCAGAUGGUAAAAAGGACCUCAAGGAUAUCAUGGGAGAGACUUCUCAGUCUCGAGUUUCGAAUCUUACCCUGGGUAUGGAAGGGAAACGAGAAAUUAGCGGCAGCUUCACGCCCAAGAUAUCUCAAAAGGAAAGGAGAAAAAUACAGCAACAGCAAAUUCAAGAGAAGCUGGCUGCCGAGAAAAAGGCCCAAGAAGCUCGAGAUAACCCCUGGCAGCUGCCACCUCCAACGUCAUCGAGUGCAAAGGAUAAAUCACCGGCAUCACCAAGCCCAGCAGGUCCUAGUGUGCAAGCCCCUCAGCCUCUUAAGACACCGCAGAAAUCUUCUAUGACUCUCCGCCAGACUGUGGCCGGGACACCUCCCCCUCGCUCCAAGCCAGCAGCCACUCCAGUCCAAACACAAAGUCGCAGUGUCUCAGGAACCUUGCCACAAUCUUCUUUCUCAAAGCCUCCCCCUUCUCCUUCUCAUUCGGGACCCCCAACGCCAUUCCAACAAUCAGCUUCCAAACCAUCACCACAGCCAAGCGUUCAAUCUAUCCGCCACAUCCCACGCCCAGAUGCGAAUAUAUCGGGCUCUCGUUCUCCAUCGUAUGGUUCCCUCUCCUUGGCAGCUAUUCUAGAGCAACAACAAUCAGAAAAGAACGACAUCCGCGAGGCAGCUAUGGCCAAACACAAUUUGCAGGAGAUCCAAGCCGAACAAGAGUUCCAGCAAUGGUGGGAUCAAGAGAGCAAGCGCGUGCAAGGGCUUCUUGAACCGGAGCUUCAACAACAAGGCCGCAAAUCUUCAGGUCAAACUGGAAAUUCACGCAAACGUCGCGGGAACAAACCUGCUGCAACUGAUGGUCCUGCGCCUCAGGAUCAGAAGAAACCUUCUUCCUCGGGUCCGAGUCAAAGAACGCCGAAGAAAAAUGCCAAUGGCCAUCCCUCUGGAUCAUCACAGGCAAGUCCGGCUAUACCAAAUGCUCACACUGCACCACAAGGGAAAAGUUCGCGUCGUGGUGGAACUGGGCAACGUGGCAAGGCGCGAGAUCGUCAGCAAGCUUCUUGA